CCGGAGGUCAUUACGUUGUCGGACAGCGAAUGUGAAUGGCUUGAACGUUGGGAACAACUGCGACUACAAUUACGUUUACGGUCGAUGGAAAAUACUUUUCAAGUCGAAACUGAGACAGAAAUUAACGACGCCGUAUCUGAAUGGUUGCAUCUGAGUCAGGAUUCCGGAUCAGAUGAAUCCGCUGUCGUCCAGGAUGAUCGACAGCAACAGAAACAACAGCAUGCACUGAAACCGGUUCCAGACCCGAAUCGGGUUGUAGGCGGGUCGCGGCAUCAGUCUGCCCAAUCUCCUCUGGCUCCCAGUUGUACUUCUGCGCAGACCUCGCUUAGUUCCGCCAGCUGUCAGGAUCUGUUGCGAUUGGCUCAAGCCACCGAAGAGGCUGAUGCACCAAUUUUGCAAGUGGGUGAAUCAACUGUUUCAGAUUGGUCGUUUUUGGCGUCCGCCAUGGAUAGGAACUUCUGGAAUGACUCGAAAACCUUCCUCAGCCGAAUCAAUGGUUCAGUACAUUCCGUAGGCCUGACUGAUACUUGCAACCAUUCUCAAGAUUUACUGGCCACUCAGUCAAGCACGGAGUCUCCAACUCCGGAGCGUUCCGCAUCCAUUCCGGUCACUAUUCGAUCUCCAACUCCAGUUGGAGAUCCAUAUACGGACUUGGACGAAGCCAAUACGGAAGCACUUAUUGUGGCUCAGGCGAAAAAAUCGGCCGUAGCCUACUUUUCUGGUCAACUGACUCAGACCACAUUGGAUACCCCGGAGGAGCAGACCGUCUUGGACGCGGAUGCAAGCAGACUGGAGGCUGAUGACGAUCUGGUCAUGUCUGAACGGAUUCCUUCUGAUGAGAACUACGCGGAUGAGGACAAUAAUAAUGCGAAUAAUGAUAGUGAUAAUGCACUUACGUCACCUAUUCCGGAUGCGUUCUGGGUUAGUCAUAGCUUUGAGGAUUCUCACUCAUGUCACCCGAGUUUUCCAGUUGUUUAUGCACGUCUUUUCUUCUCCUUAGAAUAUCAUUAUACUAUGUAUAGUAUAUUUGAAAUUUCAUUUUAA